UUAAACUACGAUAUCAAAAAAUACUAGCACUAACUAAUCAUUUUGUUAUUAUUAUUACUAUUACAGUAAUACCGUUCGAACUAUGAAUUGUUCAAUUAAUUAUUUACGGACAGUUAAGUACAAACAAUGAAACUCAACAAUUUUCCAUUUAUCUAGAUUAGUAAUCAAUUAUUUUAUUUGAACUCAUAACCUAUCAGGUAUGGACAUAUAAAAAUCUAAUGGAACGCCGAAUUCAAAUAGCCUUCAUUAAUAAAAUUAAUUAAAUGUUACAUAAUAUUGACAAGACGCACUUGUCCUAACUGGAUUUUUUUUUAAAUAAAAAGCGAAUUUUAAUUGCUUACAUGAUUAUAAUUUAAUGGGUAAUUAAUUGAAAUCAGACAAUAUGGAAGAAAUUGAUUCAAUAAUAUUUUGUACUCUAAAAGGAAUUGGUUGUGAAUUCUCAGAACACGAAACUUCAAUGACCAAUAUAGCUCAAGAAACAUUUAUAAAGGGUAUAAUAAUAUGUUUACAAAAAAUUCAACCGACCAUUAGUAUACCUCAUACUAUUCCUAGAUCUAUGUCUGCCAGAUACCAAUAUGGUAUCACAGUAGCAGAUGCUUGUAAAGUAAGAUCAUUGAAAGUUGGCUAUAAAUCUGACAUAGGAUAUCAAACUAUUUUAUAUGGUGAUAUUGUUGAUAUGAGAAGAAUAUUAAUGUUUUUAAUCGAAAAAUUACCUAAAGAAACUGAAAAUAUAAUAGAAUAUAAAAAUAAACGGUUCACAAUAAUUAAAGAACUUAAAAGAAUUUUAUCAUAUACUAGACAAACAUUAGACUCUUCAUCAUUAUCAAAUUAUUCAUUUGUGUCUGUUCCCUUGGACACAGGUAUCUCAGUACCUGGACAUAAAAGAGAUUGUACACCUGCCGAAUGGAGAAAUUUCUGUAUUAAUAGUUUAAAAUAUAUAACUGAACAACCAUCUGAUAUGAAAUAUUUAAUUCCUUCUCUAAUUACUCUUAAUACUAAGAGAUUAUUAAAUAUCUAUGAGUCAAAACUCAAUUCAACAGAUAAUUUACCAAAGUCUAGAAUCUACCAUGAAAAAAUUAAAACAAGCAAUGUACCAAUUAUAAGUACUCAUAAUGCAAUUGAUCAAAAUAAAAUUGUCAAUAUUAUUAAAAACGAACCAAAAGAAUCUCAAGAAUUAACAUGUAUUGAAGAACUUCUUACUCAAAAUUGCGAACUGAAAAGUUUAAUUUUAAAAGAACGUUCCUCCAAAGAAAAUCUUCUAGCUGAGUUAAAAAGGUUGGAAAAAGAAAAUACUGUUAAAGUAAAAAGUUUAAAUAUCAUUAAUAAUCCUGAGAUAAUUUCCAAAUUAAAAAAUAAAAUAGAAGCGUCACCAGAUAAAAUUAAAAAAAUGAAUAAUAAAUGGAGCAAAUACGAAAAUGAACAGAUAUUAAUUUUAUCUCAGUUAAAUGCAGAAAUAAAUAAAAAACGAGCUAAUAAUAAUAAACUAGAAGUUGUAUAUGCUAAUGAAAAAUUAAAAUUGCAAAAUAUCUUUGAAGAAAUAAAAAAAAAAGAAGACAUUAUUAAGAUAUGCAGAAAUGAUUUAGAAUCAAAGUCAAAUUACAAUUCAAGGUCGAGUUAUACUCAGAGAAUCUUAGAAAUUAUAUCAAAUAUCGAAAAACAAAAAAAAGAGAUUAAUAAAAAUAUAAUGGAAACCAGACUAGUUCAAAAGGAUAUAAAUUCCUUAGAUGGUAAAGUUGAACGAUGUUUUAUAUCAAUUGAUGAAUUGAUGUUUAAGGUUGCGAAAAAGGAUGAUAUAAUUAGAAAAUGUUAUAAGCUAUUAGCUGCUAUUCAUUCCAAUAGUUCAAGUAUUAUAGCAUCCGUUAAACAGACUGGUACAAUUGGAAGAGAAAUUAAAGAUUUAGAAGAACAGAUCGAGAAUGAAAAUCCUCAUCAAGCUACAGCUAACAUACAAAAACUAAAACAAGAUUUGGAAUUAGUUAAAAAUGAACAGCUUAUUUUAUUGAAAAAAUUGAAAGUUGGAUGA